AUGGGCGGCUUUGAUUGGUUCGACUCAGUGACUGGUGCUUGCCCUAUGUAUAGCACUUACGAGGUCGCUGACUAUAUCUACGAAUGGGCAGAAUGGGCAGAAGGUGUAGAGCUAUCAGAACUCGCAGCCGAGGGUCAACCCAGUGGACGGCACGAAGGAACUCGACCUUGCAGGAGGACAAUGGGGUCUCUUUCUAGUGACAUAUGGGGCGGACUACAUUACUCCGAGGAAGAUGUUGAAGCAAGUCGGAAGCUCGUUCUAAUUACCAGGCAUCAUGCACUCUAUGAUGACAGCGUAGUGGUAAAAGAGGACCGCGAUGCUCCAUUCCCUGGAGAUGAUUUCGGCAGAUACAAAAGCGAAGACCCUGACGAUCCCAAUGAAUACAACAUCUAUCAUUUCGGUGGCAAGAACUCCCUUAUCGUCUCGCGAACUGCCUGGUACAUCCUCAAAUCUGCUGCGCCUGCUGUCGCAGCUACGGUUCUGGGUGCUAUUUCAUCCAAGACCGGUGGGCAGGUCACGGCUGGGCAUAUCACAGGUAUUGACUAUGGCCCUGCUUCAUACAUCAUCGAUCAGGACGCCUGUUGGGGGGCUAUCUGUGGGACAGAAGAAAUCGACGAAAUGGGAAAAUUCUGGAAAGACCUGCUGACGCAGGAUAAAAGUGACGAGGAAAUUAUUUAUGACGCCUGGAGAGGUCCUGGAAAUAUGUGGGUUUUCGUGCGCCCGGAUAGAUUUCCGAUUUCUGAGACUAUAUCCGCCAAAGAGCUACCUACCUUUCCUGUUCUCGACAUGGCCGCGAACAAAGUUGAAAAGCUCUCGUUCAGCACUAUGCUGGGGGAUAUCCUACUCAGCAUCUGGGAACACCUUCCCGUCAGAUCCAUCUGCGCCUUGAUGACAACGAGCAAAAUGUAUCGUGCCUACAUCUUCCCUCACGCGAAUAGCAUCUGCCAUCGACGACUCAUCGCCUACGAGCCAUGGUACCUCCCUGUUGGUCCGUUCCAAACGCCGCAUGGACGAGAGGAAAUUGAAUGGUGGGAAUCUAAAUGGUCACAGGGAAUCGAUAUACCUAUAUCGGAGAUUGACAGCAAGAUCCCGUGGUUGUUGUUCCGUCGGGAGUGUAGCAGCAGCAUGACCUACUCCUUACUCCUACGGUCGAGUCACUUUACUCCCUCGUCCAUGAUUACCAGAAACCGAUUCAUAGAAGUCGCAGAAAAGGGAGAAUGUUCAACCCGGGAGAAAAGGCAAGAAAGCCCGCUUCUUGAUCCCCAAAAGCAACGACCUAGGACCAAAGAAAUAAUCGCCCCAGGUUAUCCUCUCCUCGAAGCCAAUCGAAAUGCCAUAGAAUCGAUCAACAGGCGCACGUUUGUAUACAAAUCUACAGAUCCUGGAGCUCUCGAGCUUGAUAUUUACUACCCUCUUGAAGAAGAGAUCAAAGAAGAAGUGAUAAGGUCAAAAGCCCCUAUUCUCAUCUUCUUUUAUGGUGGUGGGCUCGUCCAUGGCUCACGAUCAUCACCACCAUCCUACUUGGUCUACAACAACCUUGCCGCCUUUUUCGCCUCCAGAGGGAUACUCACCGUCAUACCAGACUACAGGCUCGUCCCAAAUGCAACAUAUCCUCAGGGGUCAGAGGACCUACGCGACGCAAUUCUAUGGAGCAUUCAGAACAUCUUGGAAGGAGACCCUGGGCGUUUACACGUCCUCACCCACUCUGCCGGUGCUAUACACAUGGCCGGUCUUCUCUUGAAGUCUCAGUUAUUCCAGCCUAUCAAGGGCAGAAUCCGCAGCAUAUCUCUGAUGGGAUUCCCCUGCGUCAUAUCACCCUCUCGCGCGGAAUUGUACUCCAACGCGCUGAAGUACUACGGAAGCGCUCAGACCAUUUCCAAAGAGCAGCCGCUAGGACUACUGAAACGGGCUAACGAGAAAUACAUUUCCAGUCUUCCUCCCAUUCGAUUUAUCUUCGCGAGCAGCGAGCCUAAGACGAUAUCAACCACCAUGCGAUUUUUCUUCAAGGAAUUCCGGGCAAAAGGAGGCAGGAUCAUGGAAACUGUACUUGAUGGCCAUGAUCAUAUGAGCCCGGUUUUGGCGCUCGGUUCGGAAAGCGGAGAGGAAUGGGGUGAGGAGUUGGCUAGUUUGAUUCUCAAAUAA